AGCUACAAGAUCGUCUGGCGGCGGUCGGCGUCGGAGGUACUGGACAGAGGAGAAGAGUUGGUUCAGUAACUACUUGUGAGACAGUACUGCGUAGAGUGCUCCGUACAGAUUGCGCUGUAAAGCAUGGUAUUUUCACACUGGACUCUCUCAUCCCGAUACAAUGCCUUAGUGCCUUAGUGCCUGAAGCUUGAUCUCCAGGGACUAACUAGCUACACGUGACCGUUCCGCUAUCCGCUUUCCCCGCACUGCGGAGAAGCUGCUAACCGAUCUGGUCAGGUGACGCAAAGCAGCGCUUCUUUCGAGUCCCCGCGGGAGGCUCAGACGAUCAUGGUGUAGCCGGUAUAUAUACUCCUUCGCUGCUGAUUCUCUGUGUCUCCCGGUCUCCAUUCAUACUUUCUUCCCUACACUUUCGAACGGACUUCGCUAGGUUGUCACAAUGAGUCUCUCCUCUGGGUUAUCUCUUCCGUUGCGACGGUUACACGCUUCUAAACCGAUAUGUUCAGUCAACCGCGCGCAAUCGCCAGCUUCGCUUUCAAGAGCUUUCUCGACGACUUUGAAACGGGAUGCUAGCUGGGGGUUUAUUGGGUUAGGGCAGAUGGGAUACUGCAUGGCCAAGAACCUGCGGACCAAGAUUCCUGCAACAGAUACGCUGGUUAUCCGUGAUGUGAAUGAAGACGCUAUGAAGAGAUUUGUGGAGGAAGCACGCGAGACUGCAAAGGGUGCCGGUGCAACGGAGGACGCUUACAAGGUCGAAGUUGCGGGGUGUGCAAGAGAAGUGGCUGAGAAAUCGACGGUGACUAUUAGCAGCCUUCCGGAACCGCAGCACGUUAAGAAUGUGUUCCACUCCAUUCUGAAGCCCGGUGACCUUCCAGCCCUCGAGAAAGAACGAUUGUUCAUUGACACAUCCACGAUCGAUCCGGUUUCGACCAAGGAAGUUGCAAACGCAGUUCACGCAGUACGCGCAGGACGCUUCGUCGACGCACCAAUGUCUGGAGGAGUGGUAGGAGCUCGUGCUGGCACGCUGUCUUUCAUGUUCGGUGCAUGCUCGACAGACGGGAAGCUCGUAGAGCAGGUACAAUCGGUUCUGUUGUUGAUGGGAAAGAAAGCCUGGCAUCUUGGCGGGCCAGGAGCUGGCGUCUCGGGGAAACUCGCCAACAACUACAUCCUAGGAAUCAACAAUAUCGCUGCUGCAGAAGCUAUGAACCUGGGAGUUCGCUGGGGUCUCGAUCCGAAAACACUGGCUGAUAUGAUCAAUUCCUCUACAGGCCGUUGCUGGCCAACGGAAGUAAACAACCCUGUUCCCGGGGUCGUCGAGACUGCUGCUGCAUCGCGAGGAUACGAAGGUGGUUUCGGGGUCAGCUUGAUGCACAAGGACCUGCGCUUGGCGCUCACUGCUGCAAAGGAGUCUGGUACUCCGCUUGUUCUGGGUGACGAAGCCCAAAGAGUGUACAAUGAUGUCGAAGAAGCACACCGAGGGAAGGAUUUCUCAGUUGUAUACAAGUGGCUGCAGGAGAAAUCCCAAUAGUAUAAGUUAUGAACUACGAAUAUUUACAUUAUCUUAUCUAGUAUGGUCGAGUCUCUUUUCUGUGCAUAGUACCUCGGGAUAGUAAAUAAUGAACAGUGAAUAGCAACG